UGAUUUUCUAAGCACUACCCCAACUCCUAUAUAAACACGUGCCUUCUAUGGUGCAUGGUGUGCUAUCUUAAUUCUUGUGGCUCAAGAAAUAGGUUAGUUCCGAGCUGAAACAAGAUGGCCGGUUACAAACAAAAGUUGUUUAACAGAUUGAAGCCAUUCAUAGGUGUAGUGUUCUUACAGUUUGGAUAUGCUGGUAUGGAUGUUCUAUCCAAAGCUGCACUGAACAAGGGAAUGAGUAACUAUGUAUUUGUCGUGUAUCGACAUGUUUUUGCCUUUGUUGUCAUGGCCCCUUUUGCAGUGGUUUUGGAGAAGAAAGAAAGGCCUAAGAUGACAUUUUCAAUCUUCAUGAAGAUAAUGGUUCUCAGCCUGCUAGAGCCAGUUAUUGACCAAAAUUUAUAUUUUUUGGGAAUGAAGUACACCACAGCAACCUUUGCCGUUUCCAUGUACAAUGUCCUCCCUGCCAUUACCUUUCUCAUGGCUUGGAUUCUUAGGCUUGAGAAGGUAAAACUAAAAAGUGCACGCAGUCAAGCAAAGGUGGUGGGGACUUUAGCCACUGUUGCAGGUGCCAUGGUCAUGACACUGAUAAAGGGCCCAGUACUUGACCUUUUUGGAACAAACGGAAGCAAUUCCCACAACCAGCAAAAUGGUGGGGUAAAUCUUCAACAUGCAAUAAAGGGAUCAAUAAUGAUCACAAUUGGCUGCUUUAGUUGUGCAUGUUUCAUGAUUCUCCAAGCUAUUACCAUUGAAGCCUACCCUGCUGAGCUCUCUCUUACAGCAUGGAUAUGCCUAUUGGGAACAGCUGAAGGUGGCAUAGUUGCCCUGAUUAUGGAAAGGAAAAAUCUUUCAGCUUGGUCUUUGCAAUGGGAUACAAAAUUGCUGGCUGCUGUCUACAGUGGCAUAGUUUGCUCAGGAAUGGCUUAUUACAUCCAAGGAGCAGUGAUGAAAGAUAGAGGCCCGGUCUUUGUAACAACUUUUAACCCUCUCUGCAUGGUCAUUGUGGCUGUCAUGGGCUCCUUCUUUCUGGCUGAAGUAAUGUACCUUGGGAGGGCAAUCGGAGCUAUUGUAAUUAUUUUAGGGCUGUAUCUUGUGAUUUGGGGUAAAAGUAAUGACUACGAGUCAUCAAGUACAGAUACUAAAGAGCCUGUAUUGCCAGCGAAGCAAACAAUAGAUGAGAGCAACGGCAAAGAUGAGCAUUCUAAUUACCAGGUCGUUACUAUCAAUAACUUAGGCGCAGGAAACAUAGAACGAGAUGAACAAGUAUGAGGAAACAUACCAAAUUCAAUCUAAAUUUCGGCAAUCAGGAAUACUUCACCUUCAAUGAACCGUCCAAAUGUGUAUUUAACAACAGCAACUAUAUAGGUUCCUAGUUGCUUGAUCCUUCAAUUAUGUUGUAGUAGAGGUUUUUAAUAUAACACUCUGGUAUGUGAAAAGGAAAGUUUUAAUAUAAGGCAAGAAAAUCCUAACAAAAGAAGACGAUGCAACUUUGAAUACGAUGCAGAGCUCGAUAUCAAUUAUUAAUUCACAAUAGCUAGAUAUUUCCGAGGUUGGAGAUAUAUUCUAAUCAACUCAAUAUACCAGUUAACUUCAAAUGA